GAGAAACUCUGUCAGGCAAAUGAAUCUAACAACACUUCAGAAUCUGAAAAGUGUGAAAAAACAGAACAAAACACACAACAGUCCUUUGUAUUCGGGCAAAACCUAAGAGACCGAGUGAAGCUAGGAAAUGAAAAUGACGAAUCUGUCGACGCGCAGAAUGCCUGGCUCCCCAGCUCUGAAACACCAUCUGCGACAAACUACUUCCUGCAGUACAUCAGCUCCAGCAUAGAAAACUCUACGCACAACACGGAUGCUUCCAGCAACAAGUUUGUGUUUGGGCAGAACAUGAGUGAGAGGGUGUUGAGUCCACCCAAAUCCAAUGACACUGGUACAGACAGUAACAAGGAGAACGCAGCUGGUGAUUCUGGAUCAGAAUCGUCCUCGCAGGAAGCAACUCCUGAGAAAGCCAAUAACAUUUCAGAGUCCUUGGCUGAGUCUGCCGCUGCCUACACAAAGGCAACAGCCAGGAAGUGUCUCCUGGAGAAGGUGGAGGUGAUCACCGGGGAAGAAGCAGAGAGCAAUGUCCUGCAGAUUCAAUGCAAAUUGUUUGUCUUUGACAAGAUAUCUCAGUCGUGGGUGGAAAGAGGCCGGGGGCUUCUGAGGCUGAAUGACAUGGCUUCCACAGACGACGGGACACUGCAGUCACGCCUAGUCAUGAGAACGCAGGGCAGCCUGCGAUUAAUCCUGAACACCAAGCUGUGGGCUCAGAUGCAGAUCGACAAAGCCAGCGAAAAGAGCAUCCGGAUCACUGCCAUGGACACGGAGGACCAAGGAGUCAAAGUGUUCCUCAUAUCGGCAAGCUCCAAAGACACGGGACAGCUGUAUGCAGCAUUACACCAUCGGAUCCUGGCCUUGCGGAGUCAUGUGGAACAAGAACAGGAAGCCAAAAAUACUGCGCCAGAACCGGAAGUGACCCAAUCGAACGAGGAAGACAGUGAUGAUGAUGGUCUUGCACCAUCAGGAUCACCCGGAAGUGGUCCCACUGAUGAAGUGGAGGGCCAGACGCCCAGCAGCACAUAGCGGCCGUCUGCCCAGCUCUGCUGGCAAGACCUGCUGCCGUUUCCGCCGCCACCACAAACACCUUCCGGCAGCAGCAGCAGCCCCCUCCGAGCAGACUCUCCCUCUUGGAUUGCAGCAGCAACCAUGGAGGCAGGCUCUGAGAUUUAAGAACUCUGCAUCCCAUUCUGGGUUUUGUUUUUGUUUUCCUUUUUUCUCUCCCCCCCCCCUUUUUUUUUUUUUUUGGUGUGUUGGACUUUUGGGGAGGGCAGGGGUUGGAUCAGUUGAUUCCAUAUUAAAUAACAGCAAAACGAAACAACAGCAGACUUUGGACAAAACUGGCUGAAUGUGACACUUUUGGACACUUAAAAUGCUCAUCAUAUUGAUGAGCAAGGGGGAGGGAUGCCAUUUUCUUCCCUUGCCCCCCCUACACACACACACACACACACACACAAGAGCGCUUACUCGCCCUCUUUGUCCCCCUCAGACCUUCCCUCUUGAUCCACAGGCCACCUUCCCACCUUGGACUUGCUCUGCCCAUCUUGUCUUGGACUAUUCUCUCCUCCAUCCCCGGUUCCCCAUCCUCCAAGGUUCCAAUCCUGCAGGAAAGCCAGAUUUCGGCCAGAAGACGCUAGUUUUUGAAUGCUUUCUCAAAGAUCCUUGCAGAUGUCUGUGUCGCGCACUUCCCUCAACAUCCGUCUUCUGCCUCCUUGUCGUUUCCAUUUCUCUGAGAGGUGUCAAAACCAACCCUGGCUGCCUUGUGCCUGGAGAGAAAAGCAGUUGGCACAGUUUUUUGGAGGGAAAGACUAACGUGGGGAGCGAUUAAAGACUUUAACCUGGGGAAGGGACAGAGGGAGGCAUUCUCCCUAACAACCUUCCCUGUUUCCCCUCUGGUUUGUAGUUGUCGUUACCGUUCUUGUUCUUGUUUGGCGCUAACCUCUUGCCUUUGUAAAAAAAAAAAAAAAAGAACAGUAGAAAACCUUAGUUUUGAAGGACUUCUUGUGUGUCAAGCAACUUGGGGCCCCUCCUUUGCUUUUUGUACUGUGGAAGGGAGAGCAAAGCCACUAUGUGUACACAAACACACACACACACACAUAUGAUCACAUACAUAUAUAUAUAUAUAUAUAGAGAGAGAGAGAGAGAGAGAUACAGACACACACACACACAUGUGUGUGUGUGUAGCAGGUGUUAAUGUACCAGGUUGUGUUUUUGUCCCCUCCUAGUAACCUUUCUGUUUCCCUCUGGCCUUGCCUAGCUGCUGGAGUGGAAACUUUUUGAGGAGGUGGCUGUUCCCUUUCUUGGAGAAUGGGGUGUGUGUGUGUGUGGAUUUGUGUUGCUUUGGCAUCUUGGGCCAGCUGCUGAAAUACUAGUCCUUGGCCACGGUGCGGCUUCCUCAGAGGAGCCCAGAGCCUCGGCUUCUGCCAAACCCUUCCCUGAGCAGAGCUCCCAGCCAUCAGCUGCAGUGUUUCAAUAUUUUUGAUAAAAAACCAAUCUGUCCAAAGUGCCCGGGGGAGGGAGAGGGAGAGGGGUGGGGCUGGGGAAUGGGGAGAAACCUUUUCCAAAUUGUUUGCAGGAGGCUUUGGUGUACAGAGCCUUGUUGCCAGCCUUAAUCUGGAUUGUGACAAAUGACAGAGGCAGCAAGCGACACCUUGGCACAAAUGCACUCAUGGGACUAGAGGACCCUUGUUGUGUGCACACUUCCAUGUCCAUCUCAGCAUCCCCAAAGGGAGGCAUGAUUUCAGCCUGGCAUGGUGACUUGUGGGGUUAGGCUUGGUCUCCUGGAUUCUUCUGUGCAAAAUGGGCUCCAUUUGGAAUGACAGCUGUUUAUUUUGCUUGGGUUAUUUCCUUUUGCCUGUGCAGAAGCAAUGCCUGCAAACCUCCUUCCCAGGCUACCUUGGCCUUAGGAGGUUUUGUGUUUUGUGACUUCCCUUUCUGUGGCAUAAAAGGAGGGUGUGAUUGUGUAAAAGCCCAAAUAGAUUAAGACUCGCUUAAGAAGCAUGUUGGGGGGGGGGGUUCUCCAUGGUCAUAUACCAACUAUAAAGAAGGAAAGCGUGUAUCGUUUCAGGUCACUUAGCUUGAGGUUGAUUCCAAAUGUCUUGUGCUGUCAGGUUCAGGUGCUGUUGGACUUCAGUUCCAUGCAUUCCUAAGCCUUGGCUGCUUUGGCCAGGGGGAGAAGGGCCAGGGAGACUCUUAUCCCUCAGGUAUCAACAUUCUCGGCUCUGGGGAGAGACAGAAGAGGGCAGUUCCUUGGCCCCUGGGUCUGGGCAUGUGCUCUUUCCAGGAUUUGGAUUGAAAGGCUUUCCUGACCCUUGAACCUAGAAAGAAAGACACUAAAUGCAAGCAAUAUUGUUCUCCAUCUGGUUGGAAAGACAGUCCCCAGUAUUGCUGGGAAGGGGUGGGGAUCUGAAUUCAAUUUAUUUUUGCAGGACAAACUCUUUUUAAACCAAUUGACCCAUGGCUGGAAUGUCCUUGUGAGCACAAAAAGAGAGAUUGUUAAAAUGAGACGAUUCUGGCAGAGACGGUAUGUAUUGGCAGGGAUGCGGGAGGUGUUUUUUUGCUUAUCUUGGGUUAUCUGGAGCCCAGCAAGGCUUCCUUUUGGGGCAGGUGAAGAAAGAUGUGUGGGGCUAUGCAUGGAUGAUAGGCGAAAAUGGGGACUGAGAAGCAACGGGGCCAAAAACCAGCUGAUUUCUCUUGUUCAUGUUCAAUGGAAUGUUUAAAUGGAUUUCCCAAAAGUUCAUUCUUUUCUUUCAAAAACAAUAAAGCAGCUGUAAAGUCGAAGGCUUUCAUGGUCAGCAUCCAUAGUUUUUUGUGGAUUUUUGGUCUCUGUGGCCAUGUUCCAGAAAGUUUCUUCCUGAUGUUUUGCCAGCAUCUGUGGCUGGCAUCUUCACAGAUGCUGGUGAAAUGUCAGGAAGAAACUUUUCUGGAACAUGUCCACAUAGCCCGAAAAAACCACAAAAAACCAGUAAAGUAGCUAUUUAUGGCAGCUAUUUGUGGGUUGGACUUCAGACAGCUCACCAACGGCAAAGAGGAGUUUCUGCAUUUUCUUUUUUACUAGAUCAGCCACAUUCUCUGGUCUUCACCCCCACAAAACUCUCCGGAAAACUUCCAUUCAUGGCGCUUUCCAUGUGUUGUGUGUGUGUUGAUGGCCGGCUGGGCCAGAAACAGACUUCUAAUAAUAUUUUUCUUUUCUGCUUCAAACCGUUAGUCAACUAGUGACAAGUCAGACCGACAAAAAGAACCAGACAAAGCCUGUGUGUUUGGAAGAUUUCUGUACAAUUGUCAUAUCAGAUGUAUUUGGGAAUUACAUUAAAAAAAAGAACUUGUAACAAAAA